GGAAAUGCGUCCUGGUCCCUUCCAGUCAAGCAAGCUCCUUCCUCUGGGAACCUCCAUCUCCUCGUUGGCGAGUACAGAUGGCAGCCGGCCCAGCCUCGGGCUGUGAGCACUGAGCCGAGGCAGGGGCUGUGAGGAGUGGGUGGCGGGCAGGGCCUGCAGUGCCCACUGCAAACUGUGCCUCUCUCUCCCCUCUUCCAGGCUGACCCCCGGCCCCCUGCCCGGCACCCACCCACACAAGUGCCCCGUCCCUGAGCCCAGUGGAGCAUGGGCCCCUGAGCCCAGCUGCUUUGAGGCGAGGCACCAGCCCAGGCAGGGGAGGACCGAGGAGGGGACAGGCUGCCCAACACUGGUGACCUCAGCUGUACCCCAGCCACACACUUCUCCUUGCUGGGAUGUUGGGGGGUCAUCGCCAUGGUUACCAGAGCAGGGUGAAAGUCACAAGCACCACCAUGGUGGGGAGGGCAUCCUGAAUGUCCUCUGUUUUCAGGAAUAGGAAUGGCAGGGCACAGGGAGACACUGAAGCUCAGAGCCAAGGGACCUGCAAAGUCACACAGCAGCCCCAGCCCCCGGAAAGCUGUGGCUGGCCUCCCUCCCUCUCCUCUGGCCUGUGACCAGAGCAUCUUGGGCUGCACCCAGGGUCUGGAUCUAUGCCUGGGGCCCUGGAUGGGAUAAGCGGGCAGGUCUGGCUCCUGCCUGGGCCUCGGCCUGGUCCAAACCCCUGGUCUGCAGGAAGGGGGCAUGCCCCCAAGAUUGCCGCCAGGUGGGUGCUGUCCCCCAGCCUCUGAGCCCAGGCCCCCAGACUGCCUCCUGCAGCUCACCCCAUGCCUGUCCCAUGGCCAACCCCCCCCAGACUUCCUCCGCCACCCCAGGCCCCAAUCCUGGCCCAGUACUCUCGGGGCCUGGCACCCUUGCCAGAGCCCAUGGUCUCUUGGUGCCCUCUCCAUCUGGGGGCCACCCCCAGGACCCCCAUGCUCUUAGCUCUGCCCUGCUGCGGAGGGGAACAGGAAGAGGCCCCAAGCGAGCCCCUCUCUGUCACCCAGCCCUGGCUGCCAUGUCCAACCUUGUGCUGAAGGCGUGGCCUGCCACUGACCACCCCAAGGUAUUGAGGCUGGUGCAGGCUGGGGAUGCAGGGCCCCAGACACCAGGCUCAGGGUCCCCACCCUCUAGCAAGCGGCAGGGGUCUGCAUCCCAAACAGGCCCCUCAGUACCAGGGGCCUUGGCAGCCAGCCUGGUGCCGGGACACAGCCUGGGAGCUGUCCUGGUCCUGGGCCCCGACACCCGGCCUCUGGUUGGGUGCCCAAUACCUAGCUAUGGGGGUGGUGUGCAGGGCCAUCAGGACAGGGGCUACAGGAGGCUCGGGGAAGUUGGUGGACCAGGAAGAUGCUGCAGCUCCCAGGGACUGUGGUGUGCAUGCUCUGCCACUCUCAAAUCCUCCUUUCUCCAGCUGCCUCCUUCCUAGGGUGCCGUUCUCACUGGGACAGGAGCUCAAAGGAGGAGGCAGGGUGGGGACAUCAGCGGCUUGAGCUGCAAUCCCUGUCCUCUGGCUUCCUGUGGGGCCGAGCUAGGGAAGGACACCAGGCUUGAGGGGAAACAGCAGGUCAGGAGGGCUGAGUUCUGCAUGGGGCCAGAGCAGGGCCCUGGGCUGAUGCUUUGCCACCUAGGCCACAAAGUGCUUUCCAGCAAGCACAGUAGCAAGGGACAGGGACGCAGAGGGAUGGGAGGAGCAGACAGAAAUGCCUGUGCCCACACUCCUGCCUAGCCCCACAGUCCCUGGGCUCAGAAGCACAGACUUGGCCACCUUAGAAACUACAGGUCCCCAGGGCCAGAGGCUCACUGUCUGUGGUUCAGAGGGCAGGAGCCCCUUGUACGGGGAGCGGGAGUGAGCCCCGUGUGGCUGUCAGCAGAGGUCUGUGCUGGGCCUGACACGCUAGGCUGCACAGGUAUUUGUGGUUUGCCCGUGCAAGGCUGAGUGUGCAGAGCUGACCAAGGGGCCCUAGCAGGGAGCUUCCUGCCCGGAGCCCCAAGCCAGAGCUGUGGGGGUCAGAAGCAGGGAAGUGGGCCCACAGUCCACAGGCUGAUCACCCUGGGAGCGACAGCUCUUGGCCCCCUCUGGCUUUCAGGACCUCUGGGGUGGAAGAUAGGAAGUGCUGCUCCUCAGGCAGCCCAGGGAGCUGCUAACCGGAAGUCCCGCCUGGGAGGAAGCCCUGGUGGCCACAGGUGCAGAUGCAGCAGGACUGAGUGUGGCAGCACAGGGGAUGCCUGCCUCCACCAUCUCUGCAGCCCCUGAGCUGCAUGGCUUCCCUGGGCCCCGGCACUCUGGCCCCCAGCAGGCUCUCGAGCCGGAGAACCAUGUGCUGGGUCAGCACCAUCAGCUUCAUGGCGGCUGAGGAGAUGCACUGGCCGGUCCCCAUGAAGGCCAUUGGUGCUCAGAACCUGCUGACCAUGCCUGGGGGUGUGGCCAAGGCUGGCUACCUGCACAAGAAGGGGGGCACCCAGCUGCAGCUGCUCAAAUGGCCACUGCGCUUCGUCAUCAUCCACAAGCGCUGCAUCUACUACUUCAAGAGCAGCACAUCUGCCUCCCCGCAGGGCGCCUUCUCCCUCAACGGCUACAACCGGGUGAUGCGGGCGGCUGAGGAGACGACGUCCAACAAUGUCUUCCCCUUCAAGAUCAUUCACAUCAGCAAGAAGCACCGCACGUGGUUCUUCUCUGCCUCCUCGGAGGACGAGCGCAAGAGCUGGAUGGCCUUGCUGCGCCGGGAGAUCGGCCACUUCCACGGGAAGAAGGAGCUGGCUCUGGACACCAGCGACUCCAGCUCGGACACAGACAGCUUCUAUGGUGCAGUGGAGCGGCCGGUGGACAUCAGCCUCUCCCCGUACCCCACGGACAACGAAGACUAUGAGCACGAAGACGAGGACGACUCCUACUUGGAGCCUGACUCCCCCGAGCCUGGGAAGUUGGAUGAUUCCCUGACUCACCCGCCGGCCUACCCGCCGCCCCCCGUGCCCACGACCCGGAAGCCCACCUUCUCCGACCUGCCCCGAGCUCACUCCUUCAACUCUAAGGGCCCAGCCCCGCUGCUGCCACCCCCGCCUCCGAAGCGGGGCCUUCCUGACACCAGCGGGCCCGCUGAGGACACCAAGAGGGACCCGCUGGGGCUGAGGAGGGCCGAGUCUGGCCCCAGGGUACCGGCCACACCCCGGAGGAUGAGUGACCCCCCGCCCAGCAACCUGUCCGCCGGGCCCAGCCUGUGGAAACCCACGUGCUUCCGAGAGGGCGCCGGCCCCAGCCCAGAGCCCUGGACACCUGGCCUCGGGGCCAGCGCUGCCCUCAGUUGUGCCGGCACUGCCUCUGCCACUUCCAGGAACUGUGACAAGCUCAAAUCCUUCCACCUGUCCCCUCAGGGGCUGCCCACAUCCGAGCCCCCGCCCGUGCCAACCAAUAAGCCCAAGUUCCCCAAGAUAGUGGAAGAGGGCCCCCCACGGGAGGCAGCCAGGCCUGGACUCUUCGCACCCCCCGUGGCACCCAGGCCUCCCGCGCUGAAGCUGCCUGACGCCACUCCUCGACCCGCAGUGCUGCCCCGGCCGGAGAAGCCGCCGCUGCCCCACCUCCAGCGGUCGCCCCCUGAUGGGCAGAGUUUCAGGAGCUUCUCCUUUGAAAAACCCCGACAACCCUCGAAGGCUGACCCCAGCGAGGAGGACUCGGAUGAGGACUACGAGAAGGUGCCGCUGCCCAGCUCCAUCUUCGUCAACACCACGGAGUCCUGUGAAGUGGAGAGGCUGUUCAAAGCCAGCAGCCCCCGGGGAGAGCCCCAGGACGGGCUGUACUGCAUCCGGAACUCCUCCACCAAGUUGGGCAAGGUGCUGGUCGUGUGGGAUGAGUCCUCCAACAAAGUGAGGAACUACCGCGUCUUUGAGAAGGACUCUAAGUUCUACCUGGAGGGCGAGGUCCUGUUCGCCAGCGUGGGCAGCAUGGUGGAGCACUACCACACGCACGUGCUGCCCAGCCACCAGAGCCUGCUGCUGCGGCACCCCUACGGCUACACCGGGCCCAGGUGA